AGGAUUCAUAUCUACGUAGACAUGCAUUAAUAUAUAACAUGCAGAGCCAUGCAUGGGUGCUACCUUCACCAUUGUACUAAUUCUUUUAAAUGGAGUCUACAUUAUUUCUAUGUUUUUUUUUUUUUUUUUUUUUUUUUUUUUUUUUUUUUUUUUUUUUCAAAACAUACAUUAUUUUUCAGUGACCCUUGUUGAUUUUCAAAUAGAACCAAUUUUCCAAGAAGAUCUUAGCUUAAUUGCUUAAACUCUUGUGCCAUCAAAAACAUGUAUGAGAUCAAAUCUCAUUCCGAUUGUAUAUGACAAUAGAUAUUUGAGAUCGACUUCAAAUCUCUAAAUUAUGUGUGAUGUGUGGCAUGCAACAGUUUUUGUAGAGAAGUUAUUGCGGGAAGUUCCAGAGGUGCAGAAGGUCUAUCUCUUGAUGAGGGCCAAAAAUGCAGAAGCUGCUCGGGAAAGACUAAGAAAGGAAAUCAUAGAUACUGAUCUAUUCAAGCGGUUGAAAGAAGUGCAUGGAGAAAAAUACGAGGAGUUCAUGAAGAACAAACUUAUUCCAGUUAUUGAAAAUCUUAGUGAACCUUGUCUUGGUAUGGAUGCCAACGUGGCUGUCGACAUUGCAAAUAAAGUUGACGUGAUUAUAAAUGCGGCUGGCAGCACCGGAUGGCAAGGAAGGUAUGAUACACUACUCGAUGUAAAUGUGCAAGGAAUUUCAGGACUUAUUGGCUUCAAAAAGAGUUGCAAGAAACGCUCCCUUUUCUUACACGUUUCGACUGCUUUUGUCACCAAGAAAACAGUAGGAGUUUUUAUGGAAACGCCCAUAGGCGUGGAAGAAGGCCUACCGGAGGGUCAAAACUGGAAUUCACAAACACUAGACAUCGAAGCUGAAUUCAAGUUGGCUGCAAAGAUUGCUUCUGAAAUUCCUAAAAAUGAAUUAUCAGCAGAGAUGGCAAAGCUAGGUUUGAGAAGGGCAAAAUUUCAUGGAUGGACAAACACUUACCAACUAACAAAGGCCAUGGGAGAGAUGUUACUAACCAAAGUAAGUGAUAAACUGCCAGUGAUCAUCAUCCGUCCAACUUUAGUUGAAAGCAUUUAUAGUGAUCCAUUCCCCGGAUGGAUAGAAGGAUACAGGGGAAUAGAACCAAUAAUCGUAUCUUAUGGUAAAGGACAACUUCAAGGAAUUUUAGCAGACCCAACCGCGAUAGUAGACAUUGUUCCAGUUGACAUGGUCGUAAAUGCCAUGAUAGCAGCCAUCGCAAACCAUGGGAUAAUCGGAGAACCCGAAUUAGAGAUUUACCAUGUCACAUCGUCUAUGGUGAAUCCACUAACAUGCGGUAAACUCAUUAAAUUAUGUAACAAUUAUUUUGCGUUGCAUCCAUUCAUAACACCGAGUAGAGAAUUUAUCAAAGUGAAAGACAUAGAAUUCUUCUCAUCGAUUGAUGAAUAUAUAUUCUUUGGAAUGGGUUCUAGUUCUUCAAACGAUAAGCUGCAUCGCAUUCUUGUUCGCAUGGCAGCUAUUUACCAGCCUGUAUUAUUCAGCAAAUUACGGGUGAACGACAAGAAAACACAAAUUUUGAUGGAAAAAAUGUCAUCGGUAGAGAAGAAAAUCUUCGACUUCGAUGUGAAACGCAUAAUUUUGGAAGAUUAUUUAAUGAACACUCAUUUCACAGGUAUAAGAAAGCAAUUUCUCAAAGAAAAUAUUCUCUCCGCAAAACUUUGAAGGCUCGGCAAGUUCGAAUGAUAUCAUAAACGACUACAAAUUAAAACUCUUAUUAUGUAUAACUCGUACAUUGUAUUUUUUUUUUCUUUUUUUUAAUAAUGGCUUGUUGUGAAUAGUUCCAAAAUGGCCAAAGGACAGUUGAUAUAGACGAUAUACAAUCCUAGAUCUUGGCUACGACCCUCCACGUAUUUACCAACAAAUGCAGUUGAUGUCCCCUUAUGUUUAUAUAAUUUAUUAUCCGUACGUAUUGCUUUUAUUUAUUUCAUGUUGAUUAAAGGAUGAUGAUAAAUUGUUGAUCUUAAUAGCAGCCAGACUUUCAGUAUAAACUACAGUGUGAUUUGUAUUAUUGUUUACUUAAUUACUUCAUUUUAUUGUAAUAUUUGUUUUACAUUCUUCUUUUCUUAAAUAUUUAAUGAUUUUUUUUGAUAGCUAGCCCUGUGUAUAUUAUUACAUAAAGUUGUAUAUUUAGGAGCCAAGUGGGAUCAUAAGGUAAAAAAAAAUCAAUAGUUAGUAAUAUCAUACCUUCAUCCCCAAUCCUUCAGUCGUGGUUCGUGAUCAUAUGGAUUCAGUAAUCUCAUGGAUUAGGAAUGAAGUGUAAUUUUCAUGGAUCAAAUUUCGUGUUUGCAUUUGUUUCUUUCGGUAAACUUCAUGAACGGAUCACAAGUUGCUUAAAAUUUUGUUGGCGGCUCCCUACUUUAUCCCUUGUCCCUAUUGUA